UCAGAGGUGACCGGCAAGAUGUCGGCCGACGGGGCCCUGGAGCGGUCGCUCAGAGCAGCAUCUUCGUGACAAGCCCGUCGCAGCGGAUAAAAGGACCCGAAUCGGGGAAGCGAGUUCGAAGCGGGCGGCGGCGGAUCGGACGCGGCCGGUCGUGGGCGCCGAGGGACCCCUGGCUGCGGGGCAUGACUGUCGGGAGCGCGGGGGAGCGGGGAGCGAGAGGUGCCGGGGGCUGGUAAUGCCCCGACGCCCCCCGGGAAGCGGGGAAGCCGCGAAGCCCAGCUCGGUGGGAGCGCUUCAUGCCGCCUACUGGUUUAGAGCCCGCCAGAAUGAACAGGAAGAAAGGAGACAAGGGCUUUGAAAGCCCAAGGCCGUAUAAAUUAACCCAUCAGGUCGUCUGCAUCAACAACAUAAACUUCCAGAGAAAAUCUGUUGUGGGAUUCGUGGAACUGACUAUAUUUCCAACAGUUGCAAACUUGAAUAGAAUCAAGUUGAACAGCAAACAGUGUAGAAUAUACCGAGUAAGGAUCAAUGAUUUAGAAGCUGCUUUUAUUUAUAAUGACCCAACUUUGGAAGUCUGUCACAAUGAAUCAAAACAGAGAAAUCUUAAUUAUUUUUCCAAUGCUUACGCAGCUGCAGUUAGUGCUGUGGAUCCUGACGCAGGAAAUGGAGAACUUUGCAUAAAGGUUCCAUCAGAGUUAUGGAAACACGUUGAUGAAUUAAAGGUCCUAAAGAUACACAUCAAUUUUUCUUUGGAUCAGCCAAAAGGAGGUCUUCAUUUUGUGGUACCCAGUGUUGAGGGAAGUAUGGCAGAGAGAGGUGCUCAUGUUUUCUCUUGUGGGUAUCAAAAUUCCACAAGAUUUUGGUUCCCAUGUGUUGAUUCAUACUCUGAAUUAUGUACAUGGAAAUUAGAAUUUACAGUAGAUGCCGCAAUGGUGGCUGUUUCCAAUGGAGAUUUGGUGGAGACAGUCUAUACCCAUGAUAUGAGGAAGAAGACCUUUCAUUACAUGCUUGCCAUUCCAACAGCUGCAUCAAAUAUCUCUUUGGCCAUCGGACCUUUUGAAAUACUUGUAGAUCCCUAUAUGCACGAGGUUACUCAUUUCUGUUUACCUCAACUUCUUCCAUUGCUUAAACAUACUACGUCAUAUCUUCAUGAAGUUUUUGAAUUUUAUGAAGAAAUUCUUACAUGCCGAUACCCUUAUUCCUGUUUUAAAACUGUAUUCAUUGAUGAGGCUUAUGUUGAAGUGGCUGCUUAUGCUUCCAUGAGCAUUUUUAGCACAAAUCUGUUACAUAGUGCUAUGAUUAUAGAUGAGACACCUCUGACUAGAAGGUGUUUAGCCCAGUCCUUGGCACAGCAGUUUUUUGGAUGUUUCAUAUCCAGAAUGUCUUGGUCUGAUGAAUGGGUAUUGAAAGGAAUUUCCGGCUAUAUUUAUGGACUUUGGAUGAAAAAAACUUUUGGUGUUAAUGAAUACCGCCAUUGGAUUAAAGAGGAGCUAGACAAAAUAGUGGCGUAUGAACUAAAAACUGGUGGAGUUUUACUACAUCCCAUAUUUGGUGGAGGAAAAGAGAAGGAUAAUCCAGCAUCUCAUCUACACUUUUCAAUAAAGCAUCCACAUACGCUUUCCUGGGAAUACUAUACUAUGUUUCAGUGUAAAGCUCACCUUGUGAUGAGAUUGAUUGAAAAUAGGAUCAGUAUGGAAUUCAUGCUACAGGUUUUUAAUAAACUGUUAAGUUUGGCUAGUACUGCUUCAUCACAGAAGUUCCAGUCACAUAUGUGGAGUCAGAUGUUGGUUUCCACAUCUGGGUUUUUGAAAUCCAUCUCAAAUGUCUCUGGCAAAGACAUCCAGCCUUUAAUAAAGCAGUGGGUAGAUCAGAGUGGAGUGGUAAAGUUUUAUGGGAGUUUUGCAUUUAACAGAAAACGAAAUGUCUUGGAAUUGGAAAUAAAACAAGAUUAUACAUCCCCUGGAACUCAGAAAUACGUGGGACCACUUAAAGUAACAGUGCAGGAGUUAGAUGGAUCCUUCAAUCAUACAUUGCAAAUUGAAGAAAACAGCCUUAAACAUGAUAUUCCCUGUCAUUCCAAAAGCAGAAGGAAUAAGAAGAAAAAAAUUCCAUUGAUGAAUGGAGAAGAAGUUGACAUGGACCUUUCUGCAAUGGAUGCUGAUUCCCCUUUGCUGUGGAUAAGGAUAGACCCAGAUAUGUCAGUGCUAAGAAAAGUGGAGUUUGAGCAGGCUGACUUCAUGUGGCAAUACCAGCUCCGCUAUGAGAGAGAUGUCGUUGCACAGCAGGAGUCUAUCCUGGCCUUGGAGAAGUUCCCUACGCCAGCAUCUCGCCUUGCACUCACUGACAUAUUAGAACAAGAGCAGUGUUUCUACCGAGUAAGAAUGUCUGCUUGCUUCUGCCUUGCAAAGAUUGCAAAUUCAAUGGUGAGCACGUGGACGGGACCACCAGCCAUGAAGUCACUCUUUACUCGAAUGUUUUGUUGCAAGACUUGUCCAAACAUUGUGAAAACAAACAACUUUAUGAGCUUUCAAAGCUAUUUUCUACAGAAGACUAUGCCGGUUGCAAUGGCUUUAUUGAGAGAUGUUCACAAUCUUUGUCCCAAAGAAGUCUUAACAUUCAUUUUAGACUUAAUCAAGUACAAUGACAACAGAAAAAAUAAGUUUUCAGAUAACUAUUACCGUGCUGAAAUGAUUGAUGCCCUUGCCAACUCUGUUACGCCUGCAGUCAGUGUGAACAAUGAAGUUCGAACUUUGGACAACUUAAAUCCAGAUGUGCGACUCAUUCUUGAAGAAAUCACCAGGUUUUUGAAUAUGGAAAAACUUCUUCCAAGUUAUAGACAUACCAUCACUGUCAGUUGUUUGAGAGCCAUACGAGUGCUUCAAAAGAAUGGACAUGUGCCAAGUGAUCCAGCUCUUUUUAAAUCUUAUGCAGAGUAUGGCCAUUUUGUGGACAUUAGGAUAGCCGCUUUGGAAGCAGUUGUUGAUUAUACUAAAGUGGACAGGAGUUACGAAGAACUGCAAUGGCUACUUAAUAUGAUUCAGAAUGACCCUGUACCCUACGUAAGACAUAAGAUUCUAAACAUGUUGACUAAGAACCCACCAUUUACUAAGAACAUGGAGUCUCCGCUAUGCAAUGAAGCCUUGGUAGAUCAACUUUGGAAACUUAUGAACUCUGGAACUUCACAUGACUGGAGGUUACGGUGUGGUGCUGUGGACUUGUACUUCACACUUUUUGGCCUCAGUAGACCUUCCUGCUUGCCCUUACCAGAGCUUGGGUUGGUUCUUAAUCUAAAAGAGAAAAAAGCUGUCUUGAAUCCGACCAUAAUUCCAGAGGCCAUAGGCAACCAAGAAGCCGCGAUUAAUCCAAGUAGUCACGCACAGCUAGUUGGAUUUCAGAACCCUGAAGAUGAUCACCUUGCCAAGGAAGCAUCAUGUAAUAUGUCAGCUCAUCAGCAGGGAGUGAAGAGGAAGGCUGAUACACCACUGGGGUCCCCACUAGAACCUGGUCAAAUACUGGAGAAGAAUGAGGAUAGCAGUAAAGUCAAACUCAAAAUCAGAUUCUCAAAUUCUCAAGAUGAGGAGGAAAUUGAUAUGGACACUGUUCAUGAUAGCCAGGCGUUUAUUUCUCAUCAUUUGAACAUGCUUGAAAGGCCAUCGACUCCAGGGCUCUCUAAAUAUAGGCCAACUAGCUCCCGAUCUGCUUUAAUACCUCAGCACUCAACAGGCUGUGAUGGCACACCCACCACUAAACCCCAGUGGAGCAUGGAGCUUGCACGGAAGGGAACAGGUAAAGAACAGUCACCAUUGGAGAUGAGUAUGCAUCCAGUUGCUGCAGCUCCACUAUCAGUGUUUACAAAGGAGCCCGCGUCCUCCAAACACAGUGACCACCAUCACCACCAUCACCACGAGCACAAGAAAAAGAAGAAGAAGCACAAACAUAAGCACAAGCAUAAGCACAAGCACGAUGGUAAAGAGAAGGACAAAGAGCCCUUCAGCUUCUCCAGCCCCGCCAGUGGCAGACCCAACUUUUCGCUGAGACCAGCUCACAGUGAUGUUCAUCAGCUGCUAUGACUGGCUUUUAGAACUUUGACAGACUCAACAAAAAUCAAGCUCACACCAAGUCAGUAGAUAGUGUUGGAUGUAUGUCCCCUGCCUUCAAGGUGUCUAGGUUCUAGUAAUAGAGUUAAAAUGAAUAUCUAAGGUACUUGAACCUGUAGCCUAAACAAACUGUUGAGAUACUUUAAGACAGUCCCUGAGGCUCAUGGGGGAAGCUUUGCCAAAUUUCUCUGCUCUAAUUAUACAUGAAAAUUGUAAAAAUUUCCUAGUAAGGAUUUUUAAUUACUUGUAUCCUGAAACUCCUGGUCCCAGCCUGUAAUCCUACACCCUAGAGCCCUCUUGUCCUUGAAACCCAGUGUCCAGAAAGUCCCUUGGAGAAAACAAUGCCAGGACAGACUCUGUGACCUAAAUGUUCAUUUGUGCAUAUUGAACAAGAAAAAUUAGGAAGAAGCAGUAAGACUUUAGUAAAACUCAUUCCAUGUCAAGUACUGCCUUUUACUCUGAUAAUAAGUAUGUCCAUCCUAAUAGCUUGGUGUUUAAAACAUCCUUUUAUGAAAUGAUGAUGGCAGCGGUAAAUGGUUUGUUGUGAGGGUGGUUGGUUGUUGCUAUGAUUGUCAGUUUCAUGUUCCUACUUGGCCAGGUCAAAGUUGAUUGUCCUUGAAUUCCUCAAGAAUAACAAGCAUUACCAUCGAUGCUUUGUGGACAUAGAUUGUGUCUUCAUGAAACUUAUCAUUUGCUCUUUCACCCUAUGGGAAGAAGUCAAGUCAGCAAUACUCUGCUCAUUUUAUGGUUAAGCAAACAGACUUGGAACCAUGUGUUCUAAAUUUUCUAUUAAUGUAAUACAGGCUUUUCCUGGCAUUGAUUAAAAAUCUGCUCUCCAGACACCUCUGUACACAAUAAUUAUAUGUGCAGGGUUAUUAUAUAUGAGGUCACCAGACCUCACGUUUUCCUUACACCUUGCAAAUAUGGAACCAAGUUCUUUCAUGCAGUAAGGGAGGCAUCAUCUUCAAUAUCCUGGUUUUAAUUAGUGAUGGUAAGUUUUUAUAACUGAAAAAUAGAGAUGUCUAUUUUCCUGGCUAAAGCUUCUAACAUCUUUUGAAUAUCUUGCUUUGGGGGACACUUUACACAUCAGGUUUUGAUUCUCAGGCAGUUGUUUUCCAUUCUGAGAGGAGCCAACUAUUAUCCUAAAAGGUCAGUAUUUGGCUUCCAUGCUUAAUCAAACAAUCGAGCUUCAUGGCAAUUUUUCUAUUACAUACAAGAGCUUUUUGUUAAAUGCAGAUGUCUUUCUGCUGCAUCUUAGGUAGUUGACUGGUGAUUCAGAAGACUUAAUACAAGAACUGGCUACUUCACUUCUUUUGCCACUAAUUACUGCAGGGGCUCUGCCUGAGGGAUACCUUAGCAUAUCUAUGGAGGAAAAAAA